AUGCAACGAGUCUCGCGUCCGCUGUGGCUCUCCAGCGGCAUCAACUCCGGUCGUCUACGACUUGCUGAGCAGUUUGCGACUAUGCAAGGAUGGCAAGCAGGAGAAGACGUUUCCUUCGAUGCAUACGUCAAGGAGAAGCGACUGAAGGAACGCUACGAGGCUUUUGAUCAGCGGGUGGAGCGAGGAUAUGCGGCCGCAGCGAAGUUGCAUAGGGCUGAGAUACAGAAUGCAGUGAAAAGGCGGUUAAAAUCCACCGGAACGAAGUUUACUGCCGCAACACUGCGGGAAAUGAAAGUCGCUCUGGAGGAGCGUAUGGCCUGGCUACGUGACGUGUGGACGCAGAUUGAUGCAGACUACCGCAGUGGCGACACAGCCCGACAGGAGACCGCCGCGCGGGAGAUAUCGGCUGCUCUGAGAGGAGAACCAAGCGACUACAUGCGGUGGGUGUAUGACAAGAAGCGAGAGCUUCGAUUUGCAGGUCCAAUCAAACGUGGUGAAAUGCAGGGCGAGCUGCAGAGCGCAGAGUUGCCGGAUGUCUCGGACGAGGAGGUGAAUCGCUAUCAUGCCUUGAGGCUGAACAUGAUGGAGGUGGAGUACAACGUGAAGAGCAAGUAUGGUUUGGCAGGUCAGCAGCACUGGGCGGAGCUGCAGGCAGCAAAAGAUGAUGAGUACGUGAAGAAACUGGAUGACGCUGCGGAGGUCUACAAGCAACUUCUCGAUCAGAAUGCACGCCUAGAUGAAUCGAGGCGAACAGAGCUGCAAAGAAGUCACGUGGAACGCGUGCAUCAGGCCCAGGUGCGGUUUAGGGCCGCUAUGGAGAUGGAGAAGGAACGGGAGAGGCUAAUCGAUGCACAUAGGGAAAUGAAGGAGGAAAGAGACCUGAGAGAAAAGGAACAGCGACGCGCCCUCCUGCAGGAGGCGGCGGAGAUGCGAGCAAAGGGUAAAACAAGUGCCGAGGUGUUGACUGCCCUAAAGGAACGGCAGAUUGAGGCAGAUGCCCAACGGCAGGCGGAGUAUGAGUUGAAGGAACGUGAAGACAUCUUGCAGCGGAAGUCUCAAUUAAUAAAUAUGAUAGCGCAGUUCAAACAUGACGUGGAGGAGCGUGAAGGCCGAGAGCUGCUGCAACGUCAGAAGCGCACGGCCAAUCGACCCACAAAUGUCUUUGGGUUUAGUGAUGAUGACGCCAUAGAUGGAUCAGAGCUGUCCGUCGAUAGCACGGGGAAUACGGAGUCCGCACCGUUUGCACAUUCGACGAAGGAGUCGGCCAUCACAGCAACAGACGGCGAUAGUAGCCGUAGUAGUCAUUCUGUUAGACGUCCCCUGGCACAUCCAAAUAAAAAUGAGUUAUGGAAGGCCAUCAACGAAGACAUGUACGAAGAUCCAUUCCGCACUGUUCACCAGGCCCGUCUUGAUGCGGCGAAGACGUAUGACCCCACGUACGCCCGCACCUUCCCCUUGAACCUUGUGUUGGGACGAAAGUACAGCCGACAGGGGGCGGGUGAAAUGGCGGCUGGUAACGAGACAGACCGACAGAUCCUACAAAAGGGUAAUGCCGUGGCGCUGAGCUUUCAGUGGGGAAUUGGAAAUGGCACUGUACAUGACCUGGAUGCGGAGGGAAGCACAGAUUACUUUAUGGAUGGCAACUUCCAUGUGCGUGACAAAAAAACAGGAGAUAUCGACUGGCGCUAUGAAAAGAAGAAGGGCGGUGUUAUACUGAAGGGACCCAAGUUCUACCGCCUCGGUGCGCAGCGCGAGGCGAUGGACCCUGGCGAGCAUCCAAUGGAUCCCAUGCCGUAUACGAAGCUGCCGCGUGAACACAGGUGGCGCAGCAGCUAG